UUUAUCUUUUUUCUCCCAAGCUGUCACUUAGUAUGAAUAUAAACUAAAACUUUGUAAAGGUCAUUUUUCAUCUGAUGUGCACAAGGAAUAGAAAUGAAAUUACUGAUUUCAGCAGUUUUAUUCCUUUUAUUCGCUGGUGUAAACUGUAGCAACUAUAGGAAUCCAUACAUCGAGAAUCUAAAACAGACCAUGUGCAAGGAUAGAAGCUGUGGAUUUGAACAAGUUUGUGAAAUCAUGAAUGUGCAGUGUAUAACCGCACCAUGUCCCCCUUUAACCAGAUGUGCUCAAACAUGGGGAGCUUCGUCCAAGGGUGGUACUUGUCCAACAGCAGAUGACAGCAGUGUCAGUAUGAUUCAGUGUUUUGGGGAUUUCGGAUGUGGUUUAAGUAACAACGAUGUUUGUUGUCAUAAUCGUAAUACUCAAACCUCGUACUGCCACACACCUAAAAAAUAAAUAUAUGAAUACAAAUAUU